AUGCCCUUCCGCCCUGAGCAUUCGUUGUUGCGUGUCGAGGUGCCGCUGUUGCACACCGUCGACACGUCGUCGGUUGAAGCCCUCAUGGGCAUGUGGUCGCUAUUCUCCAAGACUUCUCAUGCGAUGGAAGACGGCAAGCGACUGGAGAACCUCAGUUGGCGGCUGUGGAACCGAGAAACGUUCUGCUGCGCACCAGAGUCUCAACGCCCGCUUUCGCGUAGUCUUCCUUCCCAGCGACGCAUAACACCACGAACGGCAGCGACGAGUGGCGAGCUGUCGAUACCUGCCCUGUCGUCCUCACUCGACUCCGCUUCCUCUUCCGACGACGACGACUUGGACGUCGACUCCACGUCACAUACCAUUACCCCUCGCAUUCCGAGAGCGCGGCCAGGCCUCAGACGAAACGAUUCCGGAGAAAGCACGCGAAGCCGUGGCCGCGAAAAGCACAUCACACCCGUCGACCUCGAGAAGAUCGUCACCUCGAUCAAGAAAACGAACUACCUGGACCCGAUCGACCUGCCAAUGCCCACCCCAGCGCUGCCUGCCGUGGAGCCGACUUCUACCAACGCGUCGCAAGUGCUUUCGCGCUUUGACCUCGACGACGCCUCGUCUAAUGCGACACCGCAGACAUGUACAUCACAAGCGACGCUCCUCGAAUCGUCCGCCUCCACGGUUGCGACGGACGACUCGCACAACUCGCACACCUCACACCAUGUCGGUUCCCAGGACAGCUCAUCCACCGAGAUAAGCGGCCAUAGCAUUGUACACGGCUUCACUAAACCAUCCUCGUAUCGAUCACACACAAACCUCGCCAUCACUCAGCCGACUCCAAUCCUGAAGACAUCUCCACCGCUACGGCAACCUGUUCCUGAGAAACGCGCAAAGUUCAUCCUUGGAUCUGGUUCAUCUGCGGAAGACGAGAGCUCCCUCGAGAGCCACAUGUUGAGGAGUGCACUUUCCGAGAGUCUGAAACAAUCUCGCGGCAGUCUCCAGAAUUCGAAGGGUAAGAAAACGACUUCUUUCAAGGACGAAAUCGCCGUGGCACGCGCAGCCGCAGUACGCCACAGUCCUGUGUUCGAGUCCGACGAUGAGGAGGACGAGGUUUCCGAAAGUGCAAUCGAGGAUGAUGACGACUCUUCUGACUGGGAAGAUUCCGAUGAAGGGAGUGGGCCAUCUUCCGUGAACGAAAGCAAAGAUCUUUUCCAACGGGUGGAUUCCAGGCCUAAUCUCUCAUCGCGAAGAUCACUUCUCACCACCAUGAUGCACGAGCCCGACCGGGCCAAGGCGCUCCAAAAUGCUGCAUCAAAGUCACAGCCAGCACUCCGCCGCUCGAGGACAAGCACUCCGAAUGGCCCAUCGGUAGCUGCGUCGCCCACGGAGAAUGGAUUCUUACAGCCCAAGGGCCAGAAAUCGAUUCCCAAGCCCAUCCUCACAACGACCAACACCACACAGCCUUUGGCACUGUCUCCUCGGUCUACUCGUCGCCACAUGCUUUCGACCGAACUCACGGAAUCACUGCGAAAGAACUUGCUUUGGGAACGUCAGCAUAGGAGCACUGGCAACCUCGCAGCCAUGAAGCGAAGGCACACGUCCAACGAUGUGAAGAACUUGAAGCAACAUCCGGAGCCCGUUGCACUCUCGCACAAGGAUCCAGCGAAGUUCAACAAUGAUUACUUUCACCAAGGUUUGGGUGAAUACCAUGCCAAGGGAUGGUAG